AUGUCUACCAGUAUCCGACAAGCAACGCCUGACGAUCAACCCAUCAUCGAGGCAAUCAUACAAGAAGCCUUUUCUAUCUACAUCGCUCGCAUCGGAAGGAAGCCCCAGCCGAUGUUAGACGACUACACUGCACUGAUCAAAGACGGAGUCGUCUACGUGAUCGAGCGAGACGGUGAAAUAAAGGGCACCGCCAUGCUUGUCCCCCAGGAGGGCUCCCUGAUAGUGGAUAAUCUAGCCGUCGCUGAGUCUGCACGGGGUACUGGGUUAGGUCGCAAGCUUCUGGAGUUCGCUGAUGAGUCGGCUCGGUUGGCAGGCUAUCACACUCUUCAGCUGCAUACGAAUGAGACGAUGGUUGAGAAUAUAGCCAUUUAUACACGGAUGGGCUAUGCGGAGACACAUCGGGCGGAUAAUAGAGGGUGGAAGCGAGUUUAUAUGGCGAAGCAAUUGGAUUGA